AUGAUGCUGGAACGUGGAUUAGACUUUGUAUCCAUGCCUAAAAUUGAGCUCCACGCCCAUUUGACCGGAAGCAUCAGUCGACAAUGUCUGCACGAAAUCUGGGAAGUGAAGAAGGCGGCCGGGAAGACCGAUCUCGAAGACCCCUUACUUGUGAUGCCCCCGGGUAGACAUGACUAUGACCUCAAGACCUUCUUUCCCCUGUUCUCCUCGUAUAUAUAUAACCUCGUCAACGAUGCUGGCUCCCUAGAGCACUCCACCAAAUCCGUAAUUAGGGACUUCGCACGCGACGGAGUCGUGUACCUCGAGCUAAGGACGACGCCGCGGGCGAUGCCUCUUGCCGGUCUAGAUAAGGCAGGCUACGUCGGGGCUGUGCUGCGAGCGAUUGAGGAUGCGCAGGAGGAAGCGCCGAUGUUACACACGCGCCUAAUCCUAUCCAUUGAUCGGCGCAAUACCCUCGAUGAAGCAGGCGAGGUUGUCGCGUUAGCAAAGCUCUUCCGAGAUCGGGGAGUCGUAGCUGUCGACCUCUGCGGUGAUCCGACUAAGGGGGACGUCUCCCUGUUCACGCCCGUCCUCGAGGAAGCCAAGGCGGCUGGGCUGAAGACGACGAUCCACUUCGCCGAGGCCGAGGCUAGUGCUAGCGAGGCCGAGCUGAGCACGAUCAUGAGCUGGAUGCCGGAUCGUCUUGGUCAUGUAAUACACGUGCCGGAGACCGUCAAACGGCAAAUCGCGGAACUAAGCGGCAUUGGAUUAGAGCUGUGCCUUAGCUGCAACGUUCACGCGAAGAUGAUCGUCGGCAGCUUCGAGGCUCAUCACUUCGGAGAAUGGUGGCGUGUCGAUGGUCCUAUUGUCGUUCCAUGUACUGACGACGUGGGCGUCUUCGGUAGUCCCCUAUCAAACGAGUGGAGACUUAUCCAGAAGCAUUUCAAUCUACAACGAGAGGAAAUACUAGGGCUGGCAAGAAAAGGCAUCGAUGUCAUCUUUGCGGGAGAUGAUGAAAGAGAGAGGCUAAGGGGGGUUAUGUGGUGA